GGCUGGCCUUGAACCACAGUUUUCCAGAUCUCAGCCUCCCAAGUACAGGUAAGAGCCGCCAGUGCCUGGUUUCUCCUUUAGUUUGGAUAGGUUUGGAGUUGUGACUCCAGUAGUAGAGCACUUGCUUGGCAAGUUCAGGUCCCUGAGGUCAGACCCCCCAGUACUACUAAAAAAAAAAAAAAUUAAAAUGCCAAUGGAUAAAUUUAUUCUGAAUUCUCCGUUCUGAGGUGCCUCUUAUGUGUGAAGCCUGAGAAGAAUUGAUUGGGGUAAAAGGUGCUUUCACUGGCUCAGUCGGUUCCCGAUUCUGGUCCCCGGCCCCCAGCAGCGCCUGCCCCCUUCCCACCGGGGCCCCCCAUGAUGCCACCACCCUUCAUGCCCCCUCCAGGGAUACCCCCUCCCUUUCCUCCGAUGGGGCUCCCCCCUAUGAGUCAGAGACCACCAGCCAUCCCCCCCAUGCCACCUGGCAUCCUGCCCCCAAUGCUUCCACCAAUGGGGGCACCACCACCACUCACACAGAUACCAGGAAUGGUACCUCCAAUGAUGCCAGGAAUGCUGAUGCCAGCAGUGCCUGUCACCGCAGCGACGGCUCCGGGUGCGGACACCGCCAGCUCUGCUAUGGGUGGGACAGGCCCUCCGAGAGCGCUGUGGAGUGAGCAUGUGGCCCCUGAUGGGCGCAUCUACUACUACAAUGCUGAUGACAAACAGUCUGUGUGGGAGAAGCCCAGCGUGCUCAAGUCCAAGGCAGAGCUGCUGCUGUCCCAGUGUCCUUGGAAAGAGUACAAGUCGGACACAGGCAAACCUUACUACUACAACAACCAGAGUCAGGAGUCCCGCUGGACCCGGCCUAAAGACCUGGAUGACCUGGAGGCCCUAGUCAAACAAGAGGCUGCAGGAAAACAGCAGCAGCCACAGCCUCCUCAGCCACAGCCUGACCCCCCGCCUGUACCUCCUGGUCCCACCCCAGUGCCCACAGGCCUCCUGGAACCUGAGCCAGGUGGAAGUGAAGACUGUGAUGUGUUGGAAGCUGCUCAGCCUCUGGAGCAGGGGUUCCUACAGCAGCCAGAGGAGGGGCCUAGCAGUUCUACUGGACAGCAUCAGCUACCACAGCAGGAAGAGGAAGAAGCCAAGCCAGAGCCAGAGCGGUCUGGCCUCAGUUGGAGCAACCGGGAGAAGGCAAAGCAGGCAUUCAAGGAGCUGCUGAGGGACAAGGCUGUCCCCUCCAAUGCCUCAUGGGAACAGGCCAUGAAGAUGGUAGUCACUGACCCUCGUUACAGUGCCUUGCCCAAACUGAGUGAGAAAAAGCAGGCAUUCAAUGCCUACAAGGCACAGCGGGAGAAGGAAGAGAAAGAGGAGGCCCGACUAAGGGCCAAGGAAGCCAAGCAGACCCUGCAACAUUUUCUUGAACAGCACGAACGCAUGACCUCCACCACCCGCUACCGGCGGGCAGAACAGACCUUUGGGGAGCUGGAGGUCUGGGCUGUGGUCCCCGAGAGGGAUCGAAAAGAGGUUUAUGAUGAUGUCCUCUUCUUCCUGGCCAAGAAGGAGAAGGAACAGGCCAAGCAGCUCCGACGCCGCAACAUCCAGGCCUUGAAGAGCAUCCUGGAUGGAAUGAGUAGUGUCAAUUUCCAAACCACAUGGUCCCAGGCCCAGCAGUACCUCAUGGAUAACCCCAGCUUUGCUCAGGACCAACAGCUGCAGAACAUGGACAAAGAAGAUGCACUGAUCUGCUUUGAGGAGCAUAUCCGAGCUUUGGAGAGGGAGGAGGAGGAAGAGCGGGAACGGGCCCGGCUUCGGGAGCGGCGCCAACAACGCAAGAACCGGGAGGCCUUCCAGACCUUCCUGGACGAGCUGCACGAGACAGGGCAGUUGCAUUCAAUGUCCACCUGGAUGGAGCUAUACCCAGCAGUCAGCACUGAUAUCCGCUUUGCCAACAUGCUGGGCCAGCCGGGCUCCACCCCUCUGGACUUGUUCAAGUUCUAUGUGGAGGAGUUGAAGGCACGCUUCCAUGAUGAGAAGAAGAUCAUUAAGGACAUACUUAAGGACCGGGGCUUCUGUGUGGAGGUGAACACAGCUUUUGAGGACUUCGCCCACGUCAUAAGCUUUGACAAGAGGGCUGCUGCGCUGGACGCAGGCAACAUCAAGCUGACCUUCAAUAGUCUGCUGGAAAAAGCAGAGGCGCGAGAGAGGGAGCGGGAAAAGGAGGAGGCACGAAGGAUGCGGCGCAGGGAAGCUGCCUUUCGAAGCAUGCUGAGGCAGGCCGUGCCUGCUCUGGAGCUGGGCACUGCGUGGGAAGAGGUCCGUGAGCGCUUUGUGUGCGACUCAGCCUUUGAGCAGAUCACCUUGGAGUCGGAGCGGAUCCGGCUCUUCCGGGAGUUCCUGCAGGUGCUGGAGCAGACCGAAUGCCAGCAUCUCCACACCAAAGGUCGAAAGCACAGCAGGAAGGGCAAGAAACACCAUCGGAAACGUUCCCACUCACCCUCAGGCUCUGAGUCGGAAGAGGAGGAGCUGCCACCACCAUCCCUCCGGCCCUCUAAGCGAAGGAGGCAGAACCCCUCGGAGUCUGGCUCGGAACCUUCGUCUUCACUUGAUUCUGUUGAAAGUGGGAGUGCUGCCCUUGGAGGACGGGGCUCCCCCUCCUCCCACCUCCUUGGACCAGAUCAUGGCCUUCGGAAAGCCAAGAAACCAAAAAAGAAAACUAAGAAGAGAAGACACAAGUCGGUGAGUAGUGAAGAAACUACUAGUUUGUGGGAUGUUUCACCCACCUUCCAGUUGUCUUUCCCGGUUGCUGAGGUGGGCUCUGGACUCUUACAGAACAGUCCUGAGAGUGAGACAGACCCUGAGGAGAAAGCUGGCAAGGAGAGUGAAGAAAAAGAACAAGAACAGAACAAGGACAGGGAGCUCCGGCAGACAGAGCUCUCUAACCGCUCGCCAGGCUUUGGAGUCAAGAAGGAGAAGACAGGCUGGGACACGUCAGAAAGUGAGCUGAGUGAGGGGGAACUGGAGAGGCGGCGGCGGACACUCUGCAGCAGCUGGAUGACCACCAGUGAUCUGAUGUGCUGCUCUCUGCCUUGGGCCUGCGUGAGGCAUUGGCUCUGGGGCCAUCCUCACCCUCAGACUCCUUCCUUCGUCUGUCUGGUCUGUGUCACUUUUCUUAAAGUAACUCCACCCCCAAUACACCUCUGUUGGCACCUCUUAAGGUUGCUCUUGGUGUUCAAGGGUUCCCCAGUUCCCGGACAACUAGUGCAGUUCUUGCCCUCAGCCCCAGACCAGAGAUGAGUGGCCUGUGCCAUGUGGGGUGGGUG